GAGACGGGCCAGCGAAAGAAGUUAUUCGUUGUUGUUGCUGUUGGUGUUUCUGAUAGAGCUUGCGCCUGCAGGAGACUGCUUGCUGCGUAUACAACACGCCGACGAUCAACCCGAAGUUCGAAUUUAAAAUUCGUCAUUUCCAUUUCAGCCGCGUGUGCGAUCACAACCGUUUCGUUCGAGCUCGGAUGAUUUGAGUUUUAUAUUUUAAUCUAGUUUCCAGUAAUUUUGCGUUGAAUUGACAGUGUUUUUAUGUUUGUUUGAGUGUUGUUCGGCGGUUCUGUGGAAGUUCCUCGUCAAAGUAGGCAGAGCCAUUGCGUUGAAUCAAAUUCGAAACCGGAACCAUCCAAGAUGGCCUUUGCUCUGCUAAGAAACUGUGCUCGUUCGUCGAUGUCGGUGCUGGAGCGAAAUUUUGCAGCGCUUACUGCGAUGCAUGGCACCAAUGCAACACUGAUCCCUCACACACAAAAGAUCGAACUGAGCACCAUUGGACAACCGUUGCCCAAUUUCGUAUCGACCAAUGUGCGAAAGUACUCCAAAAAGGCGAACCGACCAGAGCGGGCCUACGAGAGCGACUCCGAUUCGGAUUCAGAUGAUGAACGGGAGAUUCACGAGAAGAAGCAGGGUGGCCGCCGGGAGAGGGGCAACUCCGAAUUUUGGCGACGAAAAAUGCGUACCCUACACGGCGUACUGGACGUGAACAAUGACGGUGUCAUUUCCUACGACGACUUCAUGCUGCUGACAGAAAAUUUCGCCACACAAGGACACCUGACCCCAGCAGAGAAGGAAGAAUUCCGUGAAAUCAUGAAGGAAACCUGGAUCAAGCAGUGGGGCGAAAUCACACCGUACAACCUGGUGACAGUGGAGCAGUACCUGGCCGACAUGCACCACGUGGUCAACGACAAGGACCUCCGCAAGAAGGUGCACCGAUUUUUGCCGUACCUGUACAAAGCGGUCGACAAGGACCACUCCGGGUCGAUUUCGCUGAACGAGUUCAAGCUGUUCUUCCGCUGUUUGGGCCUCACCGAGGAGGAUGCCGCCGUUUCGUUUGCCGUGAUCGACAAGAACGGCGACGGCCAGGUCACGCUGGACGAGUUCCUCAAGCUGGGACGGGACUUUUUCCUCACCGAACGGGAGGAGAAUGUUUCGCGACUGUUCUGGGGUCCGCUGGUAGAGCACUGAACUGAACGAGGAGGAGAGGAGGGAGAACGGCUGAUAAGUAGUGACGAAGUGCGGGUCGAAAUGAGGAGCUGUGUAGGAGUAAACCAGAGUCUUGAAAGCAGUCUUUUCUAAUAUCUUAAUAUUCAAUAUUUAGCUGUAAGAUUUUGUCCGAUUUGUGAUAAUCAAAAUCAUUUAUAUGAAAAAUAAAGUGUUUGAUAAAAA